GCUAUAACACUUUUUAUGGAUACAUUGUAUCCUACGUUGUGUUUUCUACCUUUGUUCUUUCUGUCGGUGAUUGUUGUAUUUGUGGGAUAGCAUUCUGUCGGGAAAGAUUAUGCCAUUCUUGCUGUUGGCCAAAUUACUCAUACUGCUUUACAUAGGACAGGUACAGUGCAGCGGACGAGGACAAAUUCAAUUUUUGUGGUACAAUGAUACGAGGAACAUGGAUAGAGGUCAUGCCAGUGGCGGGAAUGGAUACAGUGAUUUCUUCUUCCGUCCUGUGAAGAUAUUAGAUAAAGACGAGACUAUCCUCUAUGACAAAACAGAAGCAAGGACCGAAACACUGUACUCGAGCACACAAACCCUCGAUUUAUCUAGAAUAGUAGUACUGAAAAAUCCAUUAGAGAUAGCCUUGCCUACCGAUAAAACUGUGUAUGUUUACAUUAGCGUUUAUGAUGAAGAUGGAAAUAAACAAGUAUUCACAAGAACCAUGACAAAGAUGUGGGUUCCAUUUGAAAGCAUUCAGGUCGGAACGGGAUGGACUAUAAUAUCAUAUUCCUCUUCUGAUGGGGAAGCCACCCUCUCCUUCAAGUACAGAUUACUUCAAUGUGAUGUCCAUUUCAACGGAUACGGCUGUAAUUCCUGCAAAACCAACUAUUACCCAAAAGGAGAGUGCACUGUUCUCUGUGAAGAGACCUCUAGCUCUACCUGCAAUGAAGAAGGAGAAAAAGUCUGCAGAACCAACUAUUACCCAGAAGGAGAGUGCACUGUUCUCUGUGAUGAAACCUCUAGCUAUACCUGCAAUAAUGAAGGAGGAAAAGUCUGCAGAUCCAACUAUUACCCAAAAGGAGAGUGCAAUGUUCUCUGUGAAGAGACCUCUAGCUAUACCUGCAAUAAUGAAAGAGGAAAAGUCUGCAGAACCAACUAUUACCCAGAAGGAGAGUGCACUGUUCUCUGUGAUGAAACCUCUAGCAAUAUCUGCAAUAAUGAAGGAGUAAAAGUCUGCAGAACCAACUAUUACCCAGAAGGAGAGUGCAAUGUUCUCUGUGAUAGAACCUCUAGCUAUAACUGCAAUAAUGAAGGAGGAAAAGUCUGCAAAACCGAUUACUACCCAGAAAAUGAUUGUAGCACAUACUGCAGCCCGGUAAAAGGAAAUUACACCUGUAACCAAGUCACUGGACACAAAAUAUGCGGGGAGAGGAGAACCGGAGAAGAAUGUGAUGAGUGUGUGGAACAUCAUUUCGGCGAGACCUGCUCCAACUUCUGCAAGGGUAAUGAGGACUACAUUUGCUCUGAAAUAGGCAAGAUAGUCUGCAAUGAUGAGAGUGCAACACCAGAAAACAAUUGCAAUAAAAAUAAUAUUCCAACUAUAGCAGGGAUCGGUGCCGGAGUGGUUGUGCUUUUAGCUGUUAUCAUACUUGGUCUAUGUAAAUGCUAUAAGAAAAGCGGCAACAAGAAUGAUGUUACAGAUGAAGAAGACAACAUCUAUAACACAUUGGAAGAACAGGAGAUGCCCAUCAACAGCAAAGAUGAAAAUGAACCCACAUCUAGAAUCCGCAUCGCCGAAGAUGCUGAUGAUGUUUACUCAACAAUGCCCGGGGAAGAUGAAAUACGCUCCCACCCUGCACAGAGCGAUGAUGCUGUUUAUUCAACAUUGGCAGGAAGAGAGGCUGUAAACGUAUGUCUAGGUAACAAUAUGCUGGAUGAUGUAUAUUGUACUUUAAAUGGAGGUGGUACUGCGUAUAGAUGUCCGGAGAAAGAUGCAGAAACUGAUGACGUCUACUCAACUUUGAACAGAGAUAAAACAACUGUUCCCGCGACUGACAGUAAAUAUAACAGAGCAGCUUCUGCAACUGUAAAAGGAAAAUAUGCCGUAAAAGAUGCCGUUAAAGGAAAAGAUGCCGUGCACUCCAUUCCAAAAAACGAGGAGGCAGGUGCUGUUUACUCAACACCAGACAAGAAAGAGGCAGUGUAUUUUAAUUCUGAGCACGAAGAUGCUGCCGUUGUCUACACAACUUGGAAUAUGAACGAAACUACGAUUUCUACACCAAACUCACAGCACGAUGCCAACUACUCUACCUUGAACAGAAACAACGUGUUGAACUCAACUCCUCACACAAGGGUAGAUUGCAGUUCUGUUCCAGUAGGAUUUACUGGAUCUUCAGAAGAGGACCCUGAAGAUCUGUACUCAACUCCACACAAGUUAGGGCCACAUUCAGCAGUUACCAGUUGCCAGUUACCAGUUACCAGUCUAGAAGAUGAUCAUUUGGAGGAUGAUCCGAGUGCUCUUUAUUGUAUCCCGGUCAAAUAUUGAGAUACCGGAGUGGACUCUGAUACAGUGGCCGUGUCACGUGAUUAGAUAAUAGUUGAUUGACAGUUCGGUUAAGGCAGGCUCGAUUUUGUGGAGUUAUUUUGUAUAUUUAUCUUUAUAAUAUCUUGAUUGGAUUAUAAAUAUUUCUUUCAAAAAGAAAGAUAAAACUUUGUCUUAGGACCUAAAUGGACAGAACCUUCAAAACCUCAUUAACCGUGAGAUGCUUAUGCUGUGCUUCUAGGGUUGAAAAUGAUUCUUCACAACAAAAGAGAACGAUUUCGAUCUCGGGUUUAAUUUUAUUUUCUAAAGUAUCUUUUAUCAUUAAUUUUGUAUCGUCUAUUUUAAAUAGUUGAAUUAGGAGCGAUCAAAAACGGUCCACUCUGUCCAAUGUUUUGGGUUUUGAUAAAGAUGUCAAUCCUUUGACCUUAUUCAUAUAGCGACUGAAAGAACCUUCAGGCGUUAUUUAAGCGUUUUUUUACUAUUGAUUUUCGAAUUUGGUUUCCAGCUCUGAAAGAAUGAUUUAUUAUUUUUUAGUAAAGAAUAAAUAACUUUGGCUAUAAAUCUUUGACUAUACGACAAACAACUAAAUUCUUUUCACUAAAAAAUUCAGUUACUUCAAACAUACUGGGAAAAUUCUUUUUUGAAAAUAUCAUUGAGAACUCUAAACUUUCUUCUGGAAUUUUGAGUCUUUCAUCAAAGGUCCUUCAAAGUUGUAGGCAGGACUACACGUGUCGUCGUGUCACAUCACGUGUCACAUCACGUGUCACAUCACGUGUCACAUCACUUGUCACAUCACAUGUCACAUCACGUGUCACAUCACGUGUCACAUCACGUGUCACACAGCAUGACGUCACCAACUGACGUACCUGGACACUGGCACGCGACAGCUCUGUGUCUAC